CCGGCAGCCCAAGCAAGCUCUACCUACAACGCCAAUGCUGCCAGCCCGCGGCGAACCAUUAUCACCGCUGAGCAAGAAGCCAUGUCGGGCACUGCGUCGAGCUCGUAUAUCCGCGGGCCCCGCGCCAGGCUGUUCCCCAGUCGAGAGCAGCACCCGAGUUCACAUAGACAACUCUUCGAUCAUCGUAAGGACGACCUCGUUCAUUUCUCUGUCCUCGCUCGAUCACAGGCAUCCCCCAACGUUACCGCCAAUCGUCCACAUGCCCACCGCCCCACGCCCACGCCGAAGUCCUCCGGGGACUACGUCUCUGCCUCAUCUACCCCCUUUCGCUUCUUGCGUACACUCCACCCUCCAUUCGAACUUCGCUCUCUCAUCAGCCACCAUCGAUUCAUCUGCCCCCUCAAGUUUGUUUGA